AUGGUUUUCUGUCCAAUAUGCGAGAAGCCGGUCUCCUCGCUGAAAAUCAAUGACCACAUCGAUUCGGCGUGCCAAAGCUUCGUGGAGGAGCCAUCUUCCUCUCCGACGGAUCAACAAUCAGCUCCCAAAGCACCAGUCCCGAGUAUUUUCCAGCCGCCGUCCGCCAGAAGAACUCAAAAUCAACCCGGCCUUGCCGAAGAGACUCCCUCGCGUUCAGGGACGCAUACCCGAACGCUCAAUGGCAAAAGAUCAUUUGGACAGGACUCGCCGCUGUCCCAACAACAGAAUAAAGUGAAGCUCUCAGGCGAAGAAGCUGGUGAACCUCAGCCCAAGCGGCCCAAAAUCAAUGCCUUCAAAAAUGCCGCCCCGCUAGCUGAGAGAAUGCGUCCAAAGACGCUGGAUGAGGUGUGUGGACAGGAGCUUGUUGGGCCGAAUGGGAUUCUUCGGGGCCUCAUCGAGCAAGAUCGGGUGCCAAGCAUGAUUCUAUGGGGAAGUGCAGGCACAGGGAAGACAACGAUUGCACGCGUGGUGGCCUCGAUGGUCGGGAGCCGCUUUGUCGAGAUCAACAGUACGAGUUCCGGUGUGGCUGAGUGCAAGAAAAUAUUCGGCGAGGCUCGGAGCGAGCUUGGCCUCACCGGCAGGAAAACAAUCAUCUUUUGUGAUGAAAUUCACCGAUUUUCCAAAUCACAGCAGGAUGUCUUUCUGGGUCCCGUCGAAAGUGGACAGGUCACUUUGAUAGGUGCUACCACUGAGAAUCCCUCAUUCAAGGUCCAAAACGCACUGCUUUCUCGCUGCCGCACAUUUACGCUCUCGAAGCUGACUGACGAGGAUAUCAUCUCAAUUCUGCAAAGAGCCCUCAAGACGGAAGGGCCAAACUAUGCGCCAUCAGAGCUCGUCGACGACGAAUUAAUAUCUUACCUUGCUCGAUUUGCGGAUGGCGAUGCUCGGACGUCAUUGAACCUCCUUGAGCUUGCGAUGGAUUUGUCGAAACGUCCUGGCAUGACCAAAGAAGACAUCAAGUCGGCAUUGACCAAAACGUUGGUCUAUGACCGCGCUGGUGACCAACACUACGAUACGAUCUCCGCUUUUCACAAGUCCAUCCGAGGGAGUGAUCCGGACGCAGCGCUCUACUACCUAUCACGCAUGAUCCAGUCCGGUGAAGAUCCGCUGUAUAUUGCUCGAAGGUUGAUAGUCGUUGCAUCUGAGGAUAUUGGCCUGGCCGACAAUACGAUGCUAACAUUGGCCAUUUCGACUCACUCCGCCGUUGAAAAAAUUGGCCUGCCGGAGGCUCGUAUCAACUUGGCACAUGCAACCGUGGCAAUGGCCCUUUCGAAAAAGAGCACCAGGGCUUACCGCGGUCUCAACAAUGCGUUUGCUGCUCUCAAUGAACCGGGCAUUGCAGGACUGCCUAUCCCGAUUCACUUGAGAAAUGCCCCGACCAAGCUGAUGAAGGAACUUGGUUAUGGUAAAGAAUACAAGUACAAUCCAAAUUACAUAGAUGGCGAAGUGCAGCAGGACUAUCUUCCCGAGAAGCUUUUAGGACGAACAUUUUUGGAAGAUUUGGACCUUGGAACGACGCGCGACCCGGACCUGCGCUAA